AUGGGUUGUGCAGCUAGUACACCAGUACAGGAGGAAGAUGAUCCUUUACUACAAAGUAGAAAGGCUAAUGCGGCUAUUGAGAAAAGACUAAUGAUGGAAAAACAACGAGAAAAGAAUGAAGUUAAAUUAUUGUUAUUAGGUGCUGGGGAGUCAGGUAAAUCAACUGUUUUAAAGCAAAUGAAAGUUUUGCAUCAAAAUGGUUUCACACAUCAAGAGCGUCAACAGUACGCACAAGUUAUAUGGGCUGAUGCUAUUCAAAGUAUGAGGAUUUUAAUAAUACAAGCUAGAAAAUUGGGGAUUUCAUUAGAUAGUGAUUUACCAAACUCUGAAUUAUCACAUUUUAAGACUGUUAUAUUAAGAGCUAAAGUUUUGGAUCAUAUAGAUACUGGUAUUGCAGGUGGUAGUAAUUUCUUGAAUGAUUAUGUUUUAAAAUAUAGUGAAAGAAGUGAAGCUAAAAGAAGAAUACAAAGUACAGGGCGUACUGGGUCUGUUUGGGAUUCUAUAGAGCAAAAACAACAACAAGAACAGCAACAAUUAUUGGGAGGAGGAGAUAAUGGUGAUAAAGUCACUCAAUUAGAAGAAAUUACCCAGGGAUUAAAUGAUACUUCAAUUAGACCUGGUGUUAGUACAAUAAAUUCAAAUGUUUUAAAUAAUCAAUCUGAAAAUUUCACUAGAGAUUUGAUUGCAGAAUCUAUUAAGAAACUAUGGUAUGAAGAUAAAGGGAUUCAACAAUGUUUUAUAAGAUCAAAUGAGUUUCAAUUAGAAGGUAGUGCAUCAUAUUAUUUUGAUAAUAUUGAUAAUUUUGCAAAUCCAAAUUAUAUAUGUACAAAUGAAGAUAUUUUGAAAGGGAGAAUUAAAACUACUGGUAUCACAGAAACAAAUUUUAAUAUUGGGUCAUCUAAAUUCAAAGUUUUAGAUGCAGGUGGUCAAAGAUCUGAAAGAAGAAAAUGGAUUCAUUGUUUCCAAGAUAUAACUGCAGUUUUAUUUGUUUUAGCAGUCUCAGAAUAUGAUCAAAUGUUGUUUGAAGAUGAAAGAGUGAACCGUAUGCAUGAAGCAAUGAUGUUAUUUGAUUCACUUUGUAAUAGUAAAUGGUUUAUAAAUACUCCAUUCAUUUUAUUUUUGAACAAGAUUGAUUUAUUUGAAGAGAAAAUUAAAAGAUCAUCAAUUAGAAAAUAUUUCCCAGAUUAUAGAGGUAAAUUAGGAGAUGUUAAUUCAGGUAUUAAAUAUUUUGAAGAUAUUUUCCUUGGUUUAAACAGAACUAAUAAACCAAUUUAUGUUCAUAGAACUUGUGCUACAGAUACACAAAGUAUGAAGUUUGUUUUGACUGCAGUGACAGAUAUGAUUGUUCAAUCUAAUUUGAAAAAGAGUGGGUUGAUAUAG